CAGGAAAGGACGACACGUUUUAUAUUUUAACGUGUAGUUACGAGACGUCUUGUAUGUUCACUACACAUCCGAGAUCGAUGGACGCUAUCAAAGUGGCGCCGCUCCUGUGGCUUGGGGCGGCAACAGUCGUCGCCGCCGUGGUCCUCCACAACGUGUUUUCUUACACAAGUGUUCCAAAGCAAGCCAAAGGCUCGCAUCCUGCCUUGCUGGAGGGAGCAUCGUCGGACCUGGACAAGCACUUUGCGCAUGCGUCGGGGUACGUGUCGUCAAAGCCAUCGAUCUCCAACGAAGAGAAACUCGUGCUGUACGCGUUCUUCAAGCAGGCCACGGCGGGCAAUUGCGCCGGCGACGAGCCGUCCAUGUUGGACUUUGUCGCCAAAGCGAAAUGGGACGCAUGGCAAGCCUUGGCUGGAAUGCCAUCGGUUGAAGCCAAGAAGCGAUACUUGGAGGUCGUGUCGUCCAUGUUUCCAGGGUAUGCGUAUGACGCGCCAUUGCCGCCGCCAAGGGACGACGUGUCGGAUACCGAGUCCGAUCUCGGCGGAGACAUGAGUUUGGCCCCGCUCAUGAGCCAAGUGGUGGUGGACAAAACGACCAAGGAAUGGCAAGUGGAAGAAAACGCGUUCCACUUCGCCAAAACUGGACAAGUCGAAGCUGUGCAAGGCCUUGUGGCCAACGCCACGGACAUCAACCAAACGGACGACGAAGGCCGGACCAUGCUGCAUUGGGCAGUCGACAGGAACCAAGUCGAUGUCGUAGCCACGCUGCUGGCCCAACAUGCCAAUGUGAAUGCCACGGACAUCGACGGGAUGACGCCACUGCACUAUGCCGUCACUUGCGAGCACGUGGCCCUCGUUGAUUUGCUGUUGGAGCAUGGGGCGGACCCGGAACAAGUGGAUGUGGACGGGGAAUCGCCAUUUGCUGCCGCUUCUACCGCCUUUCAAGCCCACAUCACAGAGUCGUUGAAGAGGUUCUAACUCGUGGAAUGACGAUUCGAUACGAUUCCAUAGCACACAUUACUGUAGCAAGCAGUAAGCUUACUUAACAACAGGAUGUUCAAAGUGUCCACUUUUCGCAA